AUGCCAAAGAAUAGAACCACAGAAUCUAGUAGGCGGCAUGCAUUUAUCUCGUUCAGGGAAAGAGUGGACUCUAUCAAGAUAGAACCUAGUAAAAGACUAGAUAGACGAGUCCACGAUGAAGUCGAGUCAUCACAUUUACUAACUACACUUGAACAUUGGAACGAACUUAAUUUAUCAGGUACAUUCACUGACCUAUCGUCCAAUAUUGCAAAUUACUGUCAAUCGUUACCCCAGGUGCUACACCACAAGCAACGGAUUUAUGAUUCAAUUUAUGAAGCGAUACAGCAGAAUGAUAUUCAUUCACUACAACCAUCUUUAGAGCUUUUGAGUCAAUUCAUUCAUGACUUGGGGCCAGACUUCCUCCCCUUUUACAAACAGACGUUGCAGCUAUUAGUUGAAGUGGUUUUAAUGCAAAGCCCUAAUGAUAUACAAAACAACCGAAACACAUCAAAUGCAUUGAAUUGGAUUUUUACUACAUUGGCCUUUGCUUUUAAAUACUUGGUGAAAAUUUUAACUCAGGACUUGCAACCAACAUUUUCGGGACUAUUGCCGUUAUUGACAUUGACAAACAGGGCAUAUAUAUCGAGAUUUUGUGCUGAAGCACUUUCAUAUCUUGUUCGAAAACUGAGUGCUGAUGUGCUUCGCAAGUUCAUCCAUUAUGCUAUCUACGAACACGUUAACACUUUAGUGUCUAACGACCAUUAUGGGGAAUCGUUGAAGAUAUUGUUUAGUGAAUCAAUGAAGAGCACUAGGGGUUCAUUCCACACAAAGUCGAAAACAAUUUUAACUAUAUUAAUGGAAUGUAUUAUAUCUGAAAUCAAGGAGAAGUACCAGCCUCAAGUUACGUCAUUAGUGUCGGAUAUUUUGUUGGAUGUUUUGCAUCAUGGUGAAGCAGACGCAUGCCAGGCGUUCUACAAGUUGGUGUCUGAAGCUGUGCAUGACGUUAUUCAAUCUAAUUGCAGUGAUCUCACAUUGUUGAUGUCAAGUCAACUACUAUCCACUUUAUGCUUUGCCGAUUCAGGGAAAAAGGUUACCGAUUGGAGCUGUGUAUUGAAUGUGGUGGAUGAAAUUGUUGAGGCUGUGGAGCAUAGAAAGGAGACGUCGCUAGAAUUGAAUGAAUCUUUGGUUUACUUGAUGACUAUAAUUUUCAGAAAUGUCAACAUUCAGUCACUCGUGUCACACUACCAGCGAUACUUUGACGCAAUGUACAACUUGAAUCGAGGACUAACUUUUCUUUCCUUUGUCUAUGCCGGGUUAGCUAUUGCCGGUGGAAAAUUGAAAAAUUUUGGAAUUGACAAGUAUAUUCAGAUGUAUAUCAACAACGCAAGUACAGCAGACAAGCUACAAAUGAUUGUUUUAUUUUUGGAAAAAAGUGAGAAACUGGAUCAGCUGAAAUUUACCAUACCUGAUCAUAUUUUGGAAGCUCAAUCACAACACGUAGCACAGGGUACAGAACUGGGUGAUUACCAAAGCGUCUACUGGAGGCUAUUAGUGGUAAAGUUCACAACUAAGAGAGCUAUCGAUGCAUCAGUGUUGAUUAAGUUGAUAAAAAGUGCUCCAGAUUCAGUUAUUGGAAGAGAGAUUGUUGCUUUGUCUGUGGAGUUGUUGGCACCGCAAUUGGAAAAGUCUUUAUCUGUCACACAAGAGCUUUCUGCGCACAUUUUGCAAUCAUUUGGAAAGUUCAGUCGUUCAUUAAACUUUUUGCCGGCAAUGACGCAGCUUUUGAAGGUUGUUGAUGAACCGCAAAAGUUUUUGGAUCCGGCAAUAGAAUGUCUACUUUUGCCAAGUCAUAAGACCAGAUCUCACUCUAUGGACCUCAUUGAGUCAAUCCUCGCCAUAGAGCAAAAACCCAUUUCACCUAUAUUUCUGCAAAUAAAAUUAAUUGAGCAGAUACCAUUGUCGAUUGAGACGGGUCGUGACAUCAUGCUUCGAGUUCGUAAUUUAGCAAGUGAGCUUCUGAAGGAAAUAAACCCAUCUCAGUUUGACAAAACUGUAACAAUCAACUUCCUAUUUGGGUUAUUAUCAAACAAAUUUCAGCCAAGUUGGAAAGCUGUUUUUGAGGCAGUUCCAUUGCUUGCAAGCACUUGCAAAGGUGAGAUAUGGAAGACUUCUUUUGUGUUUUUGACGAUGGAUUACGAGCCAAGAGAAGAGCUGUAUGACUUUUCAUCAGAGUUGACAUCGAAUUUGAUACUGUGGCAGCCAAGAAACCAUAGAUUGUACCAAAAUUUUGAACAAUUUGAGAAUAAGUCGUUGGCCUAUUUUAGAAACGUCAAUAAUUCAAUCUAUGACUUGGCACAAGAUGCUUAUCAACAAAAUGAAUUUGAAGGGCUCAUUCGUUCCAACACACUCCAAGCUCUUCAAAGCGCGCCAUCCGUCGUUAAUGCGUCGAAGCUAGCCGACUUCUUACUUAAUGACAAACAGAACGGUAUAUACCAAAAUUGGUCAAAAAAUGAUAAAAAUGCAUAUUUGGCCUUGUUAUCCAAAGUAAAGAAUUUGAAAAAGAUCGAUGGCUGUGAUAAUUUAUUCAAAUAUAUGUUGGAUUUGUUAACAAGUACGUAUACAAAAGUCCAGCUGCUAUCGCUUGAUGUCAUUUUUGCUUUCAAUGACCCUAUCAUCAAUAAACAUAAGGACGUCUUGAAAAAUUUGUUGGAUGACGUUACUUUCAGUGAUGAAUUGUCAAAAUUUACCUCCGUCGAUUGUCCAAUCGAAAGUGAAGCCAAGCAACACAUUAUGCCCUUGGUCAUUAGAAUCUUGUUUGGAAAGUUUCAAGGGAAGCCGGCUAGUAAAAGCAAACAGGGUGGUAAGAAUGCUGUGCUUUUGUCGUUACCAAAUUUCACAGAUGAUGAAAUUGUCUCAUUUAUCGAGAUUGGGGCAAACAAAAUAAGUUACAAGGACUACUUUGAAAAGAGAGUCUCAUCUGUGAGCUUGGGUCUUGAUGACGGGGAGUUGAAAAGGAUCACCGGGUUUAUUAAUUUGCUUCAACAAGUUUAUGAAGUAUUCAAGAAGAACCACGCUUUUGUUUUAGCAACAACCAUUGAGCCGCUUAUUUAUUCACUUUUGUGUGCCCAAAAUAGAAUCGACUGUAAGGUUGAAGGUGAAGAUCCUGUUUCAGAUAAGAUGGCGAGAAAUAUCCGUCUGGGUGGAAUGAGAAAUUUAAAGGAACUUUUCCGUAUCCUCGGACCACAGUUUAACUGGAAACAAUAUGUUGGUGUCGUGUCUGAUGACUUGAUUGCCCCUAGAUUGCCUAAAUUUGCCAAUGAGAAUUUGCAGCAACCGCUGGCUGUAUUAACUUUAAUGUGUUUUUGGAUUCAACUGCCAAACACGUUGCCCCUUUUGUUUGCCAAUGAUUUUGAAGCUGUUAAAGCAAUUUUGUCGCUUUUGGAAAGACCAGAGGCGAAGGAGGCUGUCAUAUCUGUGGUGUUAGAUUUCGCUGUCACGGCAUUGGAAAAGAAAGAUGAUUCUGAAGAGAGCUAUUUUACAUUAUUGGCUAUAGUGGUUGAUUCAUUGCUUCAAACGUUAUCAUCGACUAUCAACCGCAUCCUUGAGCCUGAGGUUGGAUCUAAGGCAAUCAAGACGCUUCUACUCAUGAUUCAAGGAGACUACAUUGACACUAAGGAAACAAAAUCGGCUUUGAUCCAAUCCUUGACUUUUGCACUUGAACGUAAUAAUCAACAAAUUGACGUAAGUGACAAAUCAAACGUUCUCAUUGCUUUGUCGUCGUUAAUGGCAAGCUAUGAUUGCACAUUUGAGGAAAUAUUGCCCUUAUAUCUAGCUUGUGCUAAACUUCUCCGGGUUGUACCCGUAAAAGAGGUGCGUGAGACGUUGGCAACUUUGUUUGGUGUGCUUGGCACUAAGUUUGAGCAAUUGCAAGUAGUAUCUCAGAUUAUAACUGGACUUAAUGCCUACACUUCGAGAAUGAAUGAAUAUGAUUUUGAAAAAAGACUUGAGGCUUAUCGGUUGGUAAAUGAGGAGUUGUACCCAUCGUUUGACCCUGUUCAGUGGGUUCCCUUGCUUAAUAAUGCAUUGUUCAAUAUUAAUGAUCCGACUGAGUUGGCAAUACGAGUGAAUGCAGGUUACUUGUUGAGACGAUUUGUUGACUGUUACACCUCAAAGACAUCUGCAAAUGAGGCUGUACCAUAUAUUCAUUUAUUGAAGGACACGAUACUCCCCAUUGUCAGAAUUGGUAUCAGGAAAGAGAACGAAGAUGUUCAAACAGAAUAUGUUGCUGUUUUGGAGUAUAUUGUGAAAUGUGACAAAUAUUUCCCCGAUUUAAAGGAUUUGCAGGUAUUGAUAGGCGAAGAAGAAGACGAAGAGCUGCAGUUUUUCCGCAAUAUAAACCAUAUUCAAUUACACUUACGUCAAAAGUCAAUUCGAAGAUUGGGCCAAUUUUCCGACUCUUUAAGUGGAAGCAAUGUAUCUCAUUACAUAUUGCCAUUACUAGAAAAAUAUACCAUUUCAAAAGAAGAAAAAUAUAGAAAUAUUGGACUUGAGGCUUUAGAUUCGAUUAAAGUUCUCGUUCGCUCAAUCAACUGGAAUCAGUACAAAGCAAUCCUCAAACGGUACUUGGCUGGUCUCGAGAUGGACUCUGAAGUAUUGAGACAACGUGUUAAUUUGGUAGUGGCCGUUUCGUCAGUCUUGAAGGAUCACAAGGAAAAUGGAACUUUGAGCAAUGUUGCUUCUCGGGAAGAAAUUGAUGCGUUUUUAAUAGGUGAUGUUUUAUCCCAAAUCACAAAGAUCUUGCAAGUGCGUGAUGAUGAUACAAUUGUUGCACGGGCUCCGUUAGCUGAGGCGGCGAUCAACUUGAUCUUGUCUCUUUCGGGUGACAAGGUUGAAGGUGCUUUACCUUCAGUAUUGACAAGUAUGUGUCAAGUUAUGAGAUCUAGAUCGGAAGAGUUGAGAGAUGCAGUGAGAAAGACUUUGGGUAGGAUUACUAUUGCCUUGGGAGCAAAUUAUUUUUCAUUUAUAAUCAGAGAAUUGAAAACUGCAUUGUCAAGGGGUUCCCAAAUCCAUGUUCUUAGUUUCACAGUGCAUUACCUUUUACAAUGUUUGUCAAAUGUUCUUAAACAUGGUGAUUUAGAUGAGUCUAUUUCGUUGACUAUAGAUAUUGCCAUGGAAGAUAUUUUUGGUGCCGCUGGGCAAGAAAAGGAUGCUGAUGGUUACACUAGCAAGAUGAAAGAAGUCAAAUUCAAAAAGAGUUUUGACACUUGCGAGAUAUUAGCAUCCAACAUAUCGCUCACUAAUUUCGGCGAGUUGGUUACCCCGAUUAAGCUUUUACUUCAGGAGACAAUCAACCAUAGAGUUCAAGUACAACUCGAUGAGGUGCUUCGGAAACUUUCUCUUGGGUUGAAUCAUAAUACCGAAGCAUCGAGCCAGAAUAUUUUGCAUUUGUGUUAUGAGAUUUUUAUGAUGUCGAAUGAAGCUGAUCCAAACCAAAAAGUAACCAAAAUUAGUGAAUCAGAACAGCAUUUCUUGACCACAUUGAGUAGAAAGACCAAGAGCCAUGUUGACCGACUGGUUUAUAAACAAACAAUGCAGAAACUUUCGCUUGAGUUGUUGAGAACAGCUAUUUCAAGACAUGAGAGUUUGCUCACCACGUCCAAUUUGAAAGGAUUUGUUACAUUAUUGGCAACAGGAAUCAACUCAGAAGGUGAAGGUGUCGUUUUAGCUUCAUUGAAAGUAUUAACCAUUAUUAUUCGUUUACCGUUUGAUGAAGAGAGCCAAGGUAUUUUGAAAGCUUGCGUGAGGAAAGCGUUGCUUUUGAUUAAGGAUUCGCCGACAACGAAUCUGGAUGUGUGUCAAGCAGCGCUCAAGUUCUUGGCAACUACUAUUAAACAUAAUCCUAAAGUGGUGUUGAAAGAUUCUGCCAUAAGUUAUGUGUUGACAAGAAUUCAACCUGAUUUGGAGGAACCUAAUAGACAAGGGCUAGCUUUCCAAUUUUUAAAGGCUAUUGUGUCACAGCAUUUGCUUUUGCCAGAAAUUUAUGAUGUUAUGGAUAGUGUUGCCAAAUUGAUGAUUGUUAAUCAUUCAAAGGAAAUUCGUGAUAUGUCGAGGUCAAUAUAUUUCCAAUUCUUGAUGGAGUAUGACCAAGGUAAAGGAAAAUUGGAGAAGCUGUUCAAGUUUUUGGUCAAUAAUUUAACCUAUCCUACUGAAGAAGGCCGUCAAUCAGUGAUGGAACUUAUCCAUUUGAUUAUUUUGAAAGCAGGACCGGACUUGUUGGAGAAAUUGGCUUCAUCAUUUUUCAUUGCAUUGGCAAACAUUCUCGUGUCUGACGAUUCUUCGAGAUGUAGAGAGAUGGCCAAUGCGUUAUUGACCAGUAUGAUGAAGAAAUUGAAUAAUGCGGAUUUCAUUGAGAAAUACUGCUCUGCGUGGUUACUGCAGUCAUCGAAUGUGUUGUUGAAGAGAUGUGGAUUUCAAGUUUACAAAAUGUUGAUAACUGUUUUUGGUAUGAAACAAUUCCCAAAUUUGAACAAAUUAGUGUUGGAUAACAUUUCCAAGAUUCUUGCUGAUUCUAAGUACAACGAGGAAGGGAAUAGUGUUGAUUGGGAACUUCUAUAUUCAAGCUUGUCUGUUUUUGGAGCUAUUACGUCAUGUGUUAAGGAUCAAAUUUAUGAACAGAAGUAUGUUGCACUUUGGGAUUCAGUAAUUGAUUGUCUAUUGUAUCCGCAUUCAUGGAUAAGAUUGAUAACCUGUCGAUUGGUGUCGGUGUUACUUUCCAACCUCGACAAGAGCAAGUUAGACAAUAAUAAGUUGGAAUUGAUUGCAACAAAGCUCAUCCACCAGUUGCGUACGCCGUCAUUGACCGAUGAGUUGGGAACCUUAUGUAUCAAGAAUUUGACUUUUAUUGCCGUCAAGUGGGAAACUACCAAUGCCCAUCUCAAAGGUGCUGCUAGUGGUGAUGAUAACGGUGAGGUACAAUAUGCCAAUGAUUUCUUAAUCAAGAGAGUAUGUGGAAUCAUCAAACAAGAAAAUCAAUCAAUGCUUGCUAAAAAGAUGGCAAUCAAAUUCCUCAUCUUGUUCAUUCAAUUGACAAAAGAAGAUCGUAUGAUUGAAGUGUCUGAAAAAAUAAUUGACUCCUUGUACAAUUUCACUGAUGAAGAAUAUUGUCGAUCAUUAUCCGAUGAUGAACUAACUAAUAUGAGUUUACAAGCGUUGAACAUGGUUAAAGAAAAAAUCGGUACUACUGAGUAUACUAGACUAUUUGCUAAAGUUAGACAACAAGUUGAUACUCGAAGGAAAACAAGAAAGGCCAAAAGAUCGCAAAUGGCGGUUACUGCUCCUGAAAUUGCUGCUAAACGGAAAUUCAAAAAGCAUGAACGAGUUAGGGAAAAGAGGAAGCAUGAAAAGGAUGAAAAUGGGUAUUAUAAGCCGAAAAAGAAAAGAGUUAGGUAA